AUGGCCGUCGACUCCAUCCUUUCGUCCCCACUGGGCCCUCCGGCCUGCGAGAAGGACGCCAAAGCCCUUCAGUUCAUCGAGGACAUGACCCGCAACGCGGACUCCGUCCAGGAAAACGUCCUGGCCCAAAUCCUGGCCCGAAACGCCCACACCGAGUACCUAUCGGGCUUCCACCUCGACGGAGCCACCGACCGCGCCACCUUCAAGUCCAAAAUCCCCAUGGUCACCUACGAGGAUCUCCAGCCGUUGAUCCAGCGAAUCGCCGACGGCGACCGAUCCCCGAUUUUGUCGGCCCACCCUGUUUCCGAAUUUCUCACCAGCUCUGGAACUUCCGCCGGCGAAAGAAAACUCAUGCCGACUAUUAAAGAAGAAUUGGACCGCCGCCAGCUGCUCUACAGCCUUCUCAUGCCGGUCAUGAACUUAUAUGUGAAGGGGCUGGACAAAGGCAAGGGCCUCUACUUCCUGUUCAUCAAAUCCGAGACCCAGACCCCCGGCGGGCUCCCGGCCCGACCCGUCCUCACUAGCUACUACAAGAGCGACCACUUCCGGACCCGCCCCCACGAUCCGUACAACGUGUACACCAGCCCGAACGAGGCCAUUCUCUGCCCCGACUCAUUCCAGAGCAUGUACACUCAGAUGCUGUGCGGGCUGUACGAGCGCGAGCAAGUCCUCCGGGUCGGGGCCGUCUUCGCCUCGGGCCUCCUCCGGGCCAUCCGCUUCCUCCAGCUCAACUGGCCCCAACUCGCCAACGACAUCCGAUCCGGAUCCCUCCACCCGGACAUCACCGACCCGCCCAUCCGCGCCUACAUGGCCCAAUUCAUGAAACCCGACCCGGACCUCGCCGACUUCAUCACCCGCGAGUGCUCCCUGGAAAAUUGGGAACGGAUCAUCCCCCGGAUCUGGCCCAACACCAAGUACCUUGACGUCAUCGUGACCGGGGCCAUGGCCCAAUACAUCCCCACUCUGGACUACUACAGUGGCGGCCUUCCCAAGGCUUGCACUAUGUACGCAUCCUCCGAGUGCUAUUUCGGGCUCAACCUCAACCCAAUGUGCCGGCCCACCGAAGUCUCCUACACAAUCAUGCCCAACAUGGCCUACUUCGAAUUCCUCCCCCACACCACCGACCCGGCCCAACCCGACCCGGCACGUCUGGUCGACCUCGCCGACGUCGAGGUCGGCAAGGAAUACGAGCUCGUGAUCACCACCUACGCGGGGCUUUACCGGUACCGAGUCGGGGACAUCCUCCGAGUCACCGGUUUCCACAACUCGGCCCCUCAGUUCCAGUUCGUGAGGCGAAAGAACGUCCUUCUCAGCAUCGACUCGGACAAGACGGACGAGGCUGAGCUCCAGAUGGCGGUCGAGAGCGCGUCGAGGUUGCUUCGAGAAUUCAACACGGCGGUCGUGGAGUACACUAGCUGCGCGGACACAAGCACCAUCCCGGGACACUACGUGAUAUACUGGGAGCUGCUCGCGAGGGACCCGGUCAACUCGCCGAGUCGGGAGGUGCUAGACGGGUGUUGUUUGGCCAUGGAGGAGUCGCUCAACUCGGUGUACCGACAGUGCCGGGUGGCGGACAACUCAAUCGGCCCGCUCGAGAUUCGAGUUGUGAGGAGUGGGACUUUCGAGGAACUCAUGGACUAUGCCAUCUCGAGAGGGGCCUCGAUUAAUCAGUACAAGACGCCGAGGUGCGUGAGCUAUUCCCCUAUUAUGGAGUUGCUCGACUCGCGGGUCGUGUCGACACAUUUUAGCCCGUCGUUGCCGCAUUGGACGCCGGAGAGAAGGAGGUGA